GUCAAUCUUGAGCACAGUUAAAGAAUUUGUUGGAUUCAGAACACCGAGACUCGAGCUUUUAGGCUGAAAAUUACAGCAUGGAGUGAGUCAAACGAAAACGGUAAUCAUAAAGAUUAAGUACUGUGAAAGACUGAAGACUGUCAAAUAGCUCCAACUGAGGAAAGAAUUAUCUCUGGCGCACCAGAGAAGCCACAGGACAGAGAAUCGACCCUCCUUUGACCUUCCAAGUUAUAGAACCUAAGGCUUGAGAAAGAUACGGGGCAUAAAGGUCGUGUGCUGUAAUCUCGAAGGAUUAUUCACCGGUGACGUACAGGGAGGAAAAGAAAACGCUUGGAGCGAAGAAGAUUUGUUUGACAACGCGCUGAAAAUGGGAGAUCGCGGCAAUAAGAUUCUACUUCUUACGUCGCUGGUGUUCUUAUUACACUUUGUAAUGAAAAUAGAGAUGGUACAUGGAAAUAGCGUCAUUUUAAAUGCUAUGAAAGCUGCUGAGGCCGAAGAGGACAAGCAUCGCUCUGACUGCGCUUCAAAGCGACGUGUUAAACGCCAUGAUCACGCACGGUUUCCACAAUCUCCGCCAACGGGGUCGCAAUUUGGAAAUGCUCUGAGUUUACUUGAUGACGCAGUAGUGCGAUUUACAGGAACCGUCAAAAUACCAUCGCAUCAGUUCACAGUAGACUUUUGGAUGAGACCCGAAGGUGGCCAGGUAUCGCCGGUGACAGUCCUCGGUCUGUUUGAUGACUGUUCGCCGGACAAAAAAGACGGUGGUUGGGCGAUAGGCCUGGAAGAGGCAAGUACUGAGCGAAGCCUGAGAGUUUUUUUUAGACUACGAACGCAAAGAUCAGAUAACGACACGAAACUGCUUUCUCCGCGCAGCGUGGAACCAAACGUAUGGCUUCAUGUUGCAGCAACAUUUAAUGGAAAGAAAAUGAAAUUGUACGUAAAUCAAGCCAAAGUUGGAGUGUCUUCGGAACAGAGCGGACACAUUUUCGCCGACGGCUUCGACUCUUACCCCUGUGAGCACUUAGAGGCGGGGGGCGAUCACUCAACCGGAAUGUUUUAUCGAGGUUUGAUCGAUGAGGUUCGACUGUGGUCAGUUGCGAAAUCACACAAGGAAAUCAUCAAGAAUGUUUUUGCCCCGAUUAGAGAUAAAGAACCAUAUCUUGAUGAUCUUAAUCUUGCAAUGUACGAAAGUUUCGCCGAAAAGGAAAAACUCAAUCGCAAUCCAAAGACCAGAUGGGUGACUGUUCUUGGAAAACCGGACAUUUUGCAGUCAACUAUCCCAGGCGAUGCCAACGAUUUUUCGAUCGUUAAACCCCCGUGUGGUGUAACAGUAUGUGACAAUCCUGAGAUUAUCCGCAGUUAUGUGAAAAAUAAGCACCUGCGAGGAAAAAAGGUUGUGCGAUAUCGAGUUGUUAAUAUAAUGGAAGAUGACGGCACCAAUCCUAUGGUGACCAAGAAACAUUUGAAAGCGCAGCACGCUCAUCUAAACCGAGCUUUCAAGCGGUACAACAUCACAUUUCAACUUAGCGAAUGGAACAUCCGAAACACCUCCUUACGACGGCGCACGGUGACAUACCAGUGUGAACGCGAAAAGAUCGGCGAUUCGCGCUGUAAUAAACAGCAUUGCAAUUACGAAAUUACAGGAAAUGACGGCGGCGACUGUGAUGAUCCAAAAAUCAGAUGUGACGCCAAAAAGCGUGGGAAUGGCAUUUGCGACUUAGAAUGCAACAAAUUCUACAACGCAUGGGAUGAUGGUGAUUGUUGUAACGAGAGUGUAACAGACAUUUAUAAAACUUGCUUCGAUCCUAGUUCUCCAAACAGAGCGUACAUGAGCGAGAGAGAGUACAAGACUCUGGUCAAUCUAGACAAUCAAGAUUACUUGAACGUUUACCUGGCUCAGUGGAGUAAUGACGACUUACAAGGCCUGGCCACUUUUCCUUGGGACAAAUCCGUGCAUAGUAUAUAUGGUGGUACCAUUCUGGGCCUGAAGAAUUUUGGUCGCAAACAGCAUCUGGAUGCCCUUGUUCACGAGUUUGGUCACAUGUUAGGCUUGUGGCACGUACAUUACGGGGUGACUGAUUUAGAUUGCACAGAUGAUUGUGCUGAGACUUUCCCUUCACUCGAGUUGGGUGAUUUAUGCUCUGACACUAACCCCACCCCAGCUAACAACCAGUGUCGAGAUCCCGUUGUUAAGAAAUCGGAAAGGACGUGCGGAGUCAGGAAGUUCGUGGAAACUCCUUUUUCAAACUACAUGAGUUACACAGAUGACUCCUGCACCGAUUCGUUCUCAGAACAACAAGUGGCUCGAAUGCACUGCUACAUUGAUUUGAUCCAUCAGUCAUGGCAGGGCGCCAAGACAACACCUUCGUUCAUCCCCAUUCCUCCACGCGUAACAUCUAAAACGAAGGACACCGUCAAGCUGACCUGGAUACCACCGCUAGGAACUGGAGGAGGAAAUGCGCUUAAGGGUUGCCAUGAGUGCCGCGAGGACAAAGUAUUUCAGCAAUAUGCCGUAAGUGCGUGGAGCCCCUGUCCCUCCCGUCCCAAUGGAUAUUGGGCUCCGCAUCAGGCCAUUGGUGCCCCAGAUGUAGCUAAGCCUUGCAUCAUGAGCGUCGUGGGGUGGAGUCCCUUCCGUACGCAGUGUUCGGAAACGUUUAUCGAGUUUGGAUUCAAGGAAGCUGUUAUUCCAACUAAACUCUCUGUAUGGGUACUGUUUUCCUCUAAGGAUGGAAUUACCGACAUACAGUUAAUCUUUGCGGAUGAUUCAAAGUUGUCGCUGGGACACUUUACAGCACAGUGUGAUGCACCCCUUACAAUUCCUUUAACACCCUACUCAUUAACCAAGAAGAUUUCAAAUGUUAGAAUCUACCUGAAGAAGGAAAUAUCGACUGUCAUUGAUGCCAUUCAGCUAACCUCGUCUGUUGAUCAUCCAAACUGCCUCAAAUGUGAUCCCAUGAAGUACUUGGUGACUAGAGAUCCACCCUUUCCAGAAGGUUCUUCAGUGCCUGUGGAUACCACCCAGUUUGAAGACAGUUACCUGGAACCAGGGCAGGAGUACACCUACACAGUCCAAGCUGUAACAAGUCAAGGUCUUACAGGUCCACCUUCUCCUCCCUUGCUGUACUUGCCUGGGCAAGGCUUUUGCGGAGACGGCAAGGUUGACAAAAGUAUUGGCGAAGAGUGCGAUGACGGAAACCUACGGGACGCCGAUGGCUGUAACAUGCAGUGUAAGAAAGAAGACGUGUUUCAUUGUACAGGUCAUCCAAGUUUGUGUUAUCGCCAUGAUGGAGACGGAAUAUGUGAACAAUUUGAGAAAAAAACCAGCAUCAAGGACUGUGGGUUCUACACUCCUGAAGGAUUUGAAGAUCAGUGGGCUGUAUCAGUGACAGUUAAUCCCAAUUACCGCGAGAGCAAGUGCCCCCCGGAAAGCGUCGUCCUGGGACCACCGCCUUUUGACCUGGUUUGUCAGGGCAGUUUUGACAAAGAAUAUCAAUUCGCAUGGGGUCCUUGCAAGGGAAUAGACACCCUCUUCAGGGAUGGAAACUACUGGCUGGAGGUCACCUUCAACCGAUCGGUCGUGCCCGCUGCAAUAGUGCUUUACCUCGGCUCCGAAGGUAAAGGAGAAUAUGAUUUUCAUGACAAGAACGUCAAAGUUGAGCUGAUAGGCACGAAUGGCCGCGUCAUGUCCGCGGGAAACCAGAGGACGAAUGUUUCAUGUAAGACCAAUCCAGAAGUCAUCCCAGUUUAUCAUGACAUGACAGAGCCAUUCUUUUACGUCCGUAAAGUAAAUAUCAGCUUCACGUCUCCCUUGGUCAGUAUAGCUGCCGUGGCCCUGCGUUCUAGAGCGCAGUUCGAUGUAGUAGAGAUGGCAAGAUGCAAAUCGGACGAGGUGUUUAGUCCCCACACACAACACUGCCACAAAUACAACUGCGAGAGGCCAUCCUGUCAGAAACCUGUGGUCAAGCAUGGCAGCGUCAAAUGCGAGGGGACCGUGGAAGGGCAGACUUGUACAGUGACUUGUAAGCCAGGUUACCGACCGUUUAGGCCUUUCAAAAUUAUGUGUUUGGACAAGAAAUGGGAAGGGAUCACUAAGGUUUGUGUGCCUGUCAACUGUGGCGUUCCAAGAAUCCCUAACGGAAAGGCUGAUUGCCCACAUGGUCAAACGUUUGGUAAGAAAUGCUAUAUAAAGUGCGCGCAGCAGACUAAAAUGAGCGCAGGGGAAGGAAGCGUGACGUGCGAAGAGGACGGCAAGUGGUCCGCGCAAACAGCGCACUGUGUCAUGACGUGUCCACACCCUGUAACACCAGCAAACAGCCGUCCUCGAGAGAACGACUGUUCUGAUGGCAAAAGAACUCUGUUUCCAGGCACGUCUUGUAAAUAUCAGUGUAAGGCUGGCUAUAGUGUGAAGGAGAGCGACGGUGCGAGGAAUAUCUUUAAGAUGCGCUGUACUAAGAGUGGUCGGUGGACACAUCCUGUAUGCGAACCUACCAAGUGUCCAUCCAUCUCUGUGAUGGCUAUGUGGUAUAAUUGCUCCAAUGGUAACGCCAUGGGUAGUGUUUGCACGAGUUUUUGUCCAGGACAAGAGGUUCACCAAGUCAAAUGUGAAGAAACCGGAAAGUGGAGUGCACCUCUAAAGCGUUGUAUUACAGCUGGUCGGUGUUCAAAGCCUGAAGCGAAAGGGAUCAUCUUCCUUUGCGAUGAUAACUUCCCUGGAGGCACAUGCAAGCCCAGAUGCGAAACUGCCACGAAUGAUGUUGUGGACCCUGAUGACGAAGGUAAUUGGCAAGUGUCUUUAAAAUGCACUAGGAAACUUGACUGGUUCCCAGACCCCUCGAAGUUGCGAUGUGUUCCCAGUUGUCGUAUUGGGGACAUGAACGACGGUUGGUGUGAUGCGGUGAACAAUAAUGCCCACUGUCGCUGGGAUGAAGGGGACUGCUGUCAAUCGACUACUAGUGACAGAAGGGUUUUCCGUUCGUAUCUUUGUAAACCAGGAGAAUGUUCUUGUAAAGACCCAAAUGCCAAAGAAAAUAACGAAAAACCCAGAGGAGAUGAUGAAGAUGACGACGAAGAUGAUGAUAAUGAUGAUAAUAAUUCUGAAGGAAGCGGAUCAGACGAAGAUAGACACCUAAGGACGUCAACAUGAUUCUAUCAUCCUCUACAGACGGUUCUGUAUUCUUACAUACGACUUUAAUAUUUGUAAUGCAAUCGAAAGAAAACAAAAUCACAAAGUCAGACUGGAUUUUUCGGCGACGGGAGGAACAAACUAAGGGUACUCUUUUCUUUUAGGCGCGAGUAGUGUAUGCCAAAUCAACAAGACUCCUGACGGGGGAACUAAGAGAGAUUUUUUAGGAUUAAGCCUUUCCACAAGUACACUUGUUUAACGUACUUCUUCGAAUAUUGAUGCGGUCAAAAUGUUUUUAUUUGUUACUUUUUUAAAAUUAUGUAACAAUUAGACUAUGGGAUGGGGUUACGAUGCUGAAGCAAAGGGUAGAAAUACUGAUGGGAUAAUCGAGUUUUUAACUGUGGUUUUUUAAUUCAUUUUUUGAUAAAAUAAUGAUUUUCUUAAGACUGUUUGAAAGCCAAAGCAGGGAUUUACUACGUUUGAGCCGGGCUAUAGUUAUGACCUUUUCUGUGUCACGCAACGUUACGCUUGUCGGGAAAGAGCGUAGCCUUGCGUGACAGAUAGAACAUGAAGACAAAGCGAAGAUACUAUGCACCUUAAAUUGUCAUGACUUCGUUUCCUGCACAGAUCAAAAGCAUUCUUGCUCAAUUGUUGCAUUUGAAAUCAUUGAGUUCGUUUUUUUCUUUUGAGUUUGGUCGGAUCGGUAGAAACGAACUCUACGCAUAUCCUUGCCACUUUGAACAGUCAUCUGAAAAUUGUGCAAUUAGUUACCAUGUAACUUCGACGUGCAAUAUCUCAUUUAUCAUGAAUACGUCGCAGCUGAUUUAGUGCACAUUGCACGAAACGACUUUCAACCAAGAAAUGAGCAAUUGACACUUUCACGUUUCAAUAAUGUUAAAACAUCCAUUGAACUCAAAUCAAAAGAAGAAAGUGAACGAACGAAAAGAAGCCGCCCAAAGACAUGGUGUGUGGGGCGGUAAAUGGGGACAGGGUGACUCCUGUUUCCAAUUUUUGCGCGGCGAUUUUUUGUUCGCACUCAUAAGGCCUGAAAAGCUAGGCGGGGCUGCUCAUAAAGAUCAAAGGGAAACUAAUUCUUAAUGAUCAUGUUUCAUGUUUCCUUCUUUCGCAUGUAUUGGUGAAAGUUAUUUUUUCUUUUGUCAAUCGGACUUGAACAACCGCGGAACCAUACAUAGUAAAACGUUUCGGUUGUGUGGCGUUAAAGUUUCCUAGAACCAGAAUCUAUCACCCACAGCGGGCUCAAUUCUCAAAAAGCGGUUGUUGACCCUUUGGAACCUAACAUCAGUAUGCAUAUUCUCCAUACUGUUCUCCAUACCUCCUACGCUGUUGACAUGGAAAAUUUGUUUAACAAUCAAAAAGCUUCUUUAGUUGGUGAUCAUUUCCUUUGUUCUCCUGACCUUAAUGCUAAAAUCAAGGGCGAUAUUGUAAGGAGAAAUGAAAUGCUAGUCACUAUCAGGAGUUAAAGGGUUGAGCCCACAGUCUUGCCAACUUGAACUGUGCGCUGUGUUUCCGUAACGUACUUUCUGUAUUAUUUAGUUUGGUGCCGUGUGCAUCUAAAUGGAAACGUCAUCUAUAAUAUAAGACAAUUUUAACCCUAAUACAGAUAACGGGUUCUUCUUCGCCUAGAUCAUAAACAUAUCUUAGUUUCACUUAAACGAAAAUAUAACCUAUUUAUUCAAUAUCAUACCUUGUUUUAUUCUAUAUCUAUGAUAGUGAAAAUAAAUCGUUACAUUCAUCAA